GGUUAGUUAAUUAGUGCCUUUUUCAUCCCGACCGAGGGGCAAGAGCAUCUCAAGAACUUCUCAAGAACUUCUCAAGAACAUGACCAAUUCCGAACAUUGAACUGAACUCUUCUACCGGAAAUAUACACCAUCUUCUUUCGUUAUGCGAACACGAACACGACGAACUACUUUCAACUUCCCACCAUGCCAGUAACGAGCAAAUCCAAGCCGAUAACCCCCAGAAGACAGUCCAAACUCAACUUCGGCUCAACAACGAAUGGGAAAACCCCAAUUGGGAAGAAGAAGCCUGCAAAUGGAAACAUACUCAAUUUCUUCCAAAAGGUUGAGGUAGAGGAACAAUUGUUCUGCGCUGGACCGGUGAGCGCACCUGCGACUAUUCCCAAUAUUCCCAAUAUCAUACGGUCACCGCCGAAGGAGUUCAAGGAAGAUGGAGGUUUAUUGGAGGAUCAAAAUGCUGUUAAAGACUUUACACAAUCAGAGACGAGGUCGUUGAAGCGGAGGAAGUUGAGCCACGACGACAGUGAUAACCAUUUAUCAAAUAACAAGAAGAAGCCUAACUGCGCUCCCGAAGAACAACAACGAACGGAAAGGGAAACAAAACCAGAACCAACAGAUCUUAAACCAACCCAGAAAAAACAAACUCGAAGGAAAGGUCCAUUUUUACUAGAAUCGGAUAGCGAGAAUGAUGAUGAGGAUGGUGACGAGGUAUUAUCUUCUCCGUUGAUAUGUAAUGCGAAUACCGAGGAGACAGCUACAACAUUGCUAGAUAAAAAUGAAAAGAAAGUAGACAGUUCAGAGACGGUCAUGAUACCGAUUUGUCUAACCGAUGAGGGUCGCCCAGAAAUACCCAACGUUCCACCCCUUAAACAAGGGGAGUCUGUCUAUGAAGAAUUCAAGAACCUCGAGGACAUGGAGGAACUCUUUGACGAUGCCGAGGAAUUUGAUGACGGGGAAGAAAACCGAGAGAGGCGUUACAUGGAAGAGCAGGCGAGGCUCGAAGCCGAAGAAGCCGGAAACUAUAUCUCGGAUGGAAUACCAGAUGAGCCCAGGGAGACGGAGGGAAUUGUAGAGAGCUGUCCUCUAUGCAAUGUCAGUUUAGCUGGUAUCACAUCCGAACAAGCCACAGUCCAUGUAAAUGCUUGUCUUGAUGGCAAUCCGAUACCUCUUCCGAAGUCAGAAGCUUCACAACCGCCACUACCACCACCACCGCCGCGGAAACAGGAUACGGUUGAUUCGCCCGAGGUUAGUAAGCGUUUCGCCAAAGCUGCCAUACCACGACCCGGCCAGGCUAACCCUAUCACUUUGGGAGCCACAGUCGGCCAACCUACUUCAGCCUUCAGCAAGUUAAUGUCAGGACAUGCAGAAGAUGCAGCGUGGGCAUCGGCUGCGGCCUCCGAGAAUGCCUCUCGCGGCAAGCCUGCUUAUAAGCGGACAUGUCCGUUUUACAAGAUCAUGCCCGGAUUCUCCAUCUGUGUUGAUGCCUUUCGGUACGGUGCCGUCCAAGGCUGCAACGCGUACUUCCUCAGCCAUUUCCACAGUGACCACUACACUGGCUUGACGGCCAAUUGGUCUCACGGGCCUAUUUAUUGCAGCAAAGUGACGGGGAGCCUCGUGAAGAAGCAGCUCCGCACUGCAGCUAAAUGGGUCAAGGAACUCGAGUUUGAGGAUACGGUCGAGAUUCCGGGAACCGAAGGGGCAACGGUCACCAUGCUGCCAGCUAACCACUGUCCCGGCAGCUCCCUGUUUCUUUUUGAGAAGUCAUUCUGGAGAGGCCAGAACAAAACGAAGCAACGGAUUCUACACUGCGGUGAUUUUCGGGCGUGUCCGGCGCAGGUCACGCAUUCACUACUAAAGCCCGACUCUAUCGAUGCUAUCUCGGGCAAGAUAAAACAGCAAAAAAUCGAUGUCUGUUACUUAGAUACAACAUAUCUUAAUCCUCGAUACUCCUUCCCGCCCCAAGACGACGUCAUCACAGCUUGCGCCGAAUUUUGCAAGUCGAUAUCUGACGAAACCAGCGACGCGGAUGAGCUUUUAGGCAUGGUGGCGCGCGAGAAGGGCUCUGUCACCAAGUUCUUCAAGAAAGAGAACAGCUCAUCCGCCGUGGUCAAGAGCGAGGGCGCACCCACUCCUAAAGAGCAGAAAGGCCGGCUCCUCGUCAUCUGCGGCACGUAUUCCAUCGGCAAGGAGCGCAUCUGCAAGGCGAUCGCGCAGGCCCUAGGCACCAAGAUCUUCGCGUCGGCGCACAAGAUCAAGAUCAUCGCACAGCUCGAGGACCCGGAGUUGGCGGCGCUGAUGACGUCGGACCCGCUCGAGGCGCAGGUGCACAUGCAGAUGCUGAUGGAGAUCCGCGCCGACACGCUGCAGGACUACCUCGACUCGUACAAGCCGCACUUCUCCCGCAUCGUCGGCUUCCGGCCCUCGGGGUGGAGUUACCGUCCCACCUCCACCUCCUCCAAAAGCCUCCCCGCCAACACCUCCCCCUCCUCCACCCCCACCACCUCCAUCCUCCACGGCACCUCCUGGCGCCCCCGGUUCACGACCAAGGACCUCGUCGUCCAGCGCCAGCGCGGCAGCACCCGCCGCGCCAUGUGCUUCGGCGUCCCCUACUCCGAGCACAGCAGCUUCCGCGAGCUCGCGCUCUUUGUCAUGGCGCUGAGGAUCGAGAAAGUGGUGCCGACGGUUAAUGUGGGGAGUGAGGCGAGUAGGGUGCGGAUGAAGGGGUGGCUGGAUCGGUGGGUCGCGGAGAGGAGGAGGGGGGGAGUUGUUGGGGUGGUGGUUGAGGGGGAUGAGGGGGAGGGGGGGAAGGGAGGAGGGGAAGGGGAGAGGAGGCUUUGGGAUGGGAAGGAUGGGAGGGGUGGUGCGGUUUUGUGGUGAGAUCAUAUCGUCUUUGCUAGUGUAGCCUUGAGGAGCAGAGGUGAUAGUACUACUAUAGAUCUAUACAUACUUUAAGGGGAAUUGGACGUCUAGGUGUCUAGGUUAGGUACCUACCUACCUAUGUCCCUACGUAAAUACUCAGGUGCCAGUAUAUAUUAUAUAUAGGUACUAUAUAACACCUCCUGAAUUGCACAUAGGUAGGUACCUACCUAACCUACCUAUACCAACUCAAAAUCUUUGCGUCAGGCAUUUCUUUUUUUCUUACGACCUCUGUCUAUUCAGUGUUCGGUAAGCAGCGAACGUCAUGUGCAUCUUUCCCCC